GGAAAUAUUCCGUAUGUAAUCGAAGGAAUUUCACGGCAUGGGAUUUUGAGCGAAUGAUAUAUCUAUAAAGCAGCAGUGUUUGAUUAUCAACAAUGAUGGGGGAAUGUUCCUGGACAUGCAACAUAACAGAGGACUUUGUAUUGGACAGAGUUUUAACGUCUGUAACUCCUGCAGAAGUUCUUGAAGGAGAUGACGACAAGGAGGAGGAGUCUGUACAUGCUGAUGACAUUGAUGGAUUGUCUUGCAUACCCUUUCCUAAGAACAGGGAUUCAUCGACUUCUACAUCGAGUAAUUCAAGUAGUGACUCUGACGAUUUCAUAUCUACAAAAAAUCGAAGAGCUAGAAAUUUUCAGAGUCUUUGGAGCAGAGACACCAUGUUCAGCCUUCAAUCUGCAAAACAUCCUAGAAACCAUGAUGAUGUGUAUCACGUGGUCACACAAGUUUAUAGUGCAGCUCAAAACGAAAUAAGGGUAAAUGACAGAAUCAUUGAAAUCAAUGAGAAAGAUGUACGACGAAAAAGUAUGCAAGAGAUCGACAUAAUCUGGAAAGGACUCGCCAAAGCAUCCAAAAUAAAACUGAAAGUAUGGCGGUGGAAAUGUGACGGAGUUGGCCAUAUUGUUCGGGAAUUAAAGAUAGUUUUUCAUCGCGUACGUCCCGAUUGCCCCAUCCGGGAAAUAUCAAGGCUUGCACUUAGCGAUAAAAUUCCAAGAGCAGUCAAAAACUUUGUAUGGACAAGUGAUGAUUUCAUUCCAUAUCAUAUUCGUAUUGCCAGUGAAUCGGGAAUUUAUUUCUUUGCCAACAGUGAAAACAUGACUUUAUAUGGCGAGUCAAUGAAAGAGAAAGCUGGGAAUAACCAAUUUCGUUUCCUAGUGCGAUUCUUCAGCUGCAUUAUAGAGGAUGACGUACACGGGUGCAAUGCUAGGGUGGGUUUUGUGGUCCAGUAUGGGAAAGAUUUUGAUGUGUCAUCAGUCUUACCUGAGUCAACGUCCGUUCUGUUGAAGCGCCACGUUCCCUAUGACACAAAGAAAUUAGACGAACGUUUCAUCCUUAAACUACAGAUUCCCAAAGAAGAGGACUUCUUCGAAUCUCUUUCCUAUAAAAAUAUGUUUAUGAAAUACGACAAUGAAUCAAAGGAAAUCAGAAUGCAACAAAUGGAUGGUCCUGGACCGAGUUACCUGUAUGAGAUGUUUGAGACACGGGGACCAAAAUCUACGGCCAAGUUCGAUAUACCCACCGUAUCGGAAAUAGCCGGCAACUUAUUUGUGUUGGAACAAAUCAAAGAAUAAACAAUGAACAAUCAUUUUGUUUGGUCAAACAACAUGUUUAUCAAAUCUGAAGAUGAGAGGGGGAAAAGCUUUAAUUUUAGUAUUACGAGAAAAGAGAUUAUACAGUGUGUUAUGGGUUAGAAUAUUCUUAAAUAAAUUCAGCAGAAAU